AUGCCACCGACAACUAGAUCGACUCGCGCUCGCACGCGCAACAAUCCUCCAUCGAAGAAAUCUCCGCCUCAAGAUGAUGCCGUCUCCGACUUUUCUCCCCCCAGACGCAGCAAGAAACUCCGCACUUUAGGUCCAUCUUCCAUUGAGUCCCCUCCUCGCAUGACCCGGUCCAUGGUUCCAGCAAGUGUCCCCGAUCUUCCUGGCACGCGGCGCGACUGGGUCGGGACUUUAAGAACUGAAAGUAAGAUUGCCCAAGCCGUCGUAGCCAAAGAGCCUUGCUCCGACGAGACAAAUGUCGAGGGCACGAUAUAUUCACCGCUCGCUCUCUGGGCUAUGAAAUCUGCAAGCCCAUUGGUCUCUGAUUCUGUCUCCGCAAGCCAAGAUAAGUCUGGCGAGUUCUAUCUCUUUGCGAGGUUGCCUGCCGAAAUCCAAUUAAUGAUCUGGAAACAAGCUCUUGUCCCUCGCAUCGUUGGCUUGAAGCCCGACAAGAUCCCAGCUAUCUUCCAUGCCUGCUAUGCUUCCAGGAAAGUGAGCAAGUACAUCUUCCAAAAUAGCCAAGCACACAAAACCGGCGUCCUUCUCAAUCCCGAAGUUGACAUCCUCUUCUUCGAUCGGUCCUCUUUCUCAAUACAAGCCAGCUACCACACCAGUGCUCACCACACUCUGCGCUGCAAUGAAACACCCUCGAUAAUUACUAGGCAUGUCCAACGAGUGGCAUUCAGUGUGCGCGAGAUCAAGACUUGCUGGACUCUUGAGUGUUUCCACUGCUUUAUGGUAUACAAGUUAGCCGUACGCUUUCCCGAGCUCAAAGAGCUGAUUAUCAUUCUCCGACCAGGUCCCUUGGGAGCUGGCUAUGAUGAUCUUUAUGAGACUGAACUGAGUAGUGAGAAUAAUCGCACCGACUCUUUCCUGGGAGAUAUCAAAGACAUGUUCAAGCACGCCCAGAAGCACAAGACUCUGAAGGCUUCUUGGAAGAAUGUGCAGCUCAAGCUGAUGAGAAAUGAGACUUGGGUUAAAUAA